GCGGAGGAGCCGGGCGUGGCUCAGUCGUGGCUCAGUCGGCCAGCUGUGUGCGCGGACGAGACGUGUGACCCGUCGCAUUGGUUUUAAGACCCCCCCACUGUACGCUCCUCACUCCUUUGCGUUUUUCGACUUUGGUUCUGUUUUAAAACCGCUUUUGCAUCCAACAUGACGACCGAGACCGACACUAAGCCCGUGGAGCAGACCGAGGAGAAGAAGGAGGAGGCGAAGGACGAAGUCAAGAAGGAGGAGGCUGAGGUGAACAACGCCGAGGAAAAGGCUGACGACAAAGCCGAGAAAGCGGACAAAGAGAAGAAGGAUGAGAAGAAGGAAGCCAAACCGAAGAAGGAACCUGCGCCUCCCAAGCCGGCGGUACACAAGCUGGAUUUCGAGAAGGACGUGGUGUACCUGUACCAAUUCACCCGCACGCCCGUCCUGCCCUCCCUCAGCCCCUACUGCCUCAAGGUGGAGACUUGGCUCAGGCUCGCUGGUUUGAAGUACGAGAAUGUUGACCACAAGAUGAAGUACAAGAGCAAGAAGGGUCAGCUGCCCUUCGUGGAGGUCAACGGCGAGGAGGUCGCUGACUCCGCCAUCAUCAUCAAGGAGUUGGGUCAGCGGUACAACCAGGACCUGGACGCUGGACUCUCCGCCGAGCAGCGCAACGUCGCCCACGCCACCAUCUCCAUGAUAGAGAACCACUUCGCAUGGGUGGUCAAGUGGUGGCGGUGCCGAUGCCCGGGGGAGUGGGUUAGGGCCGCCAAGCUGAACCUCCAGCAGGCGUUAAACACAAGGAUCCCCAAUGCUGUCCUGAACUUUGCCUUCAAGCUCCGGUACCGCCAGGCUGCCAAGAAGGUCCGUGCCCAUGGAAUUGGUGUGCACAAGCCAGAGGAGAUUGAGGAGUUCGGACACAAUGACCUGAUGGUCCUCUCAGAUCUUCUAGGAGACAAACCCUUCUUCUUCGGUGAUUCUCCCACGACGCUUGAUGUGGUUGCUUUUGCUAACCUGGCUCAGGUAGCUUUUAUGGACAAGGAAGUGAGCUACACACUCCGCGACUGGAUGACUGAGAACUGCACCAAUCUGGUAGAGUUCUGCAACCGCGUUAAGGAGCGCGCCUUCCCCGACUGGGACGACAUGUGCACCAACCUGGACCUGAACUCCCACCUGCCCAAGCCCCCACCUGAGGAGGAAAAGAAGGAAGAAGAAAAGAAGGAAGAGGAGAAGGCGAAGGAGGAGGAAAAGAAGGACGAAAAGGAAAAGGAAAAGGACGACUCUGAAAAGGAGAAGGCACAAAAGGACGAGAAGGAGGGUGAGAAGGAAGACAACAAGAAGACAGAAGAGAAAGAGAAAGAAGAGAAGAAGUAAAAGUUUGUCAAAGUUGUUGAAAGCAAUUGAGAACCAAAUCUAUUUGUAAUAUAUGUGAUAAAUGUUGUUUGAAAGGCUUUUUUUUUGCUUGAUACACUUUGUAUAGAUCUUCUUGUUAGCGUGGAACACAGCACCUCCCCUGUGCCGACUUAGUCGAUAACAUUUUCGGUGGCCACUGUCAGAAAUGAGCUCGUUCUAACCUUCAUUAACAAUGGUAGGGAACAGUCAGUCAAGGAAAAAGCUCUUAUUUUUUUCUACAGGACCUACAUACCCAAGUUGUUGCCAAGUAAUUGUAUGCAGCUCAUAGUACUUGGUGAGCACGUGUUCAAAUGGGUUGUAAGGAUCCCCCACCUUCUUCCUUACUGGCUGAUCUUGCUACCAGAGUUUGUUUUAUAUUUCUCUCUCUCCUUGUAGUUUCUUUUCUUUUUUUAAUGUUUUUUUGGUCCAGGUAUUUGUACUGUAGUUCGACACAACCUUGACCGCUCAUACUAUUUUUUUCCUCAAUGGUAAUGACAAGAUUUAUAUUCAAGAAUUGCAUUGAAAGACAAAUGGGCAAGAUGAUGACGUUGAAGGUUUGAACCGGUCGAGUCAUAUUUUCUGUGUGGCUUUCAUAGCUUGUAGGUUUAUUCAAUAUGAGUUUUUAGUUGAAGACUAUGUUUUUAAGAGCAGUAUUAUUCAUGGAAAAUGAGUUUGCUACCAUGACAAAUUCUUUCUCAUUUUUUUAUCACUUUUGUACUAUUAGUUUGUACAUUACUAGCUUUUAAUAUGGCAUCUAGAACAUUAUGAUAGUUUUUACACAUGGAAGUUAUUUUGUAAUAAGGAAAUACUCAAUUUAUAGGUUCUCUUUGAUACCAGAGGGACUGGGACUCCCACCGCUUCUUGUGAUAGGAAAUGCUCAUUAGUCAAGCGUGUGGUGUAUCGAGGGUUCUUGCUUGGAAACACCAUCCUGGCCCAAAGUUCACUUGUACAAGUCCUUCUAAAAGUCUCCCAUUCCAGUAUGUAAUAUAUGCAAAAAAGUAUGAUCCCAGUUCCCUUUCUCUCAAACCUUCUCUAAAUGGAGUCGAGAUUUUUUUAAAGAUGCUGAAAGCCAGGAUGAAGAAAGCGAGCAACAUAUUGCGAUGGGCUGAGCAGGGAGGGUUUAUUUGAAGCCCCCUCUGCCUGCCGUCGUCAAAUGAGGUAUCCCAAGAACCCGAGAUAAACCCUCGCUUGCUAAAACCCCUCGAAUUCGGUACGACCCAAAGACAGCUUCACGGCACCAAAGUAGUCAAUAGGGAACAAAGAGUGCCGCACAAUCAAAAUUAUAGUAAGGCACAAGGAGUAUAUAGCAGGAGAAGCUUAAGCGUGCUGAGAGAGAGUGGAAAAAAUCACUUGGUCUUUGUAAGGUAUUAAGAAUUUUAUACUAUACUAAAGGAACUUGCACAGUAUUUUCGGUCGAUAAUUGUGCUGUGAUAACCAAAACACCAGUUUUGUAAGAUGAAAAGUGCUAAAUAGAAGUUAAGCCAUUCAUACAAUGAACUUUGUAGCCUUGCGCUUUGUCCAAAAUUUGCAAAAGAGAGAAACCAGACAUUCGCUCAUGUUGCUGACAUUUUGGCUAGAUUUUUGCCCCCACCCUUGAAGUCUUGGUAGACCCUUGAGAGUGUAUACCAUGUUUGUACCCUAGCUUUUGUACACUUGGUAACUUGAGGCUUCAGCAUUCUUGUAGUAGAUGUAUCUGGCAUUUCUAUUAUAGGCACAUAACACCACAGUUAUCAUGUAUACACAGACGUAUUUAUGUUCCUCAAUAAAUGUAUCCUUUUAGGAAUUGUUACUUAUUUGUUCCAACUGUUUUUUUUUUUUCUUUGGAGUCUUAUCAGAUUGUUACCAGUUUGUGAUUAAAUCAUAGAAAGUGGUUUCUAUUAUAAGAUGCUGUUGAACUUGUGACAAAGCUGAUUACUUCAUUAAAUAUUUUAGACGGA